CUUCAAUCACGAAAACUUAGUGAACCCGAGCGUUCGUGUUCAACCGAUUACAAUAUUGUCGAAAACAAUCGUUCAUCAGUAAUGCGUGCAACAUGUUAGUAGUGUUACCGAUUUUUUUAGCUUAGCCAACGUCAUAUACUCGUAACACUUACUUCGAUUACUAGAAAAAACGCGAAGCGAAAAUCAUGAGAGGUGUAUUCAAGUUUAUUGUGUUAAUCCUAACAUUUGUAGUCUGUCCAAAACAUGUCGUUUCGAACACCAAGGAUCAAGCUCAUGAAAAGUUGCAAGCGCAACAACAGCACUUUAGAGGUGAAGAACACAAUCCAGACUAUGAUCAUGAAGCAUUUCUCGGUCAAGAAGCAGAAGAAUUUGAUAAUUUGACACCAGAAGAAAGUCAAAAAAGACUUGGUGCAAUAGUUGAUAAGAUUGACAAAAAUAAUGAUGGAUAUAUAACACAAGAGGAAUUAAAAGAAUGGAUUAAAUUCACACAGAAUCGUUACAUAAUGAAUGAUGUACAUAUCCAGUGGGACACCCAUAAGCUUCCAAAUGAUGGUAAAUUGUCAUGGACAGUAUAUAGAAAAAAUAUUUAUGGAUUUAUGACUGAUGAAGAAGCAGAUGAUGCACAAAAAUCUGAUGAUUCUUACACAUAUGCUAAAAUGAUAUUAAGAGAUAAGAGAAGAUGGUCAGUCGCUGACAUUGAUGGUGAUGGGCUAUUGUCUAAAGAAGAAUUUGUCUCAUUUUUACAUCCCGAAGAAAGUGUUCACAUGAAAGAUAUUGUUGUACAUGAAACAAUGGAUGAUAUGGAUAAGGAUAAAGACAACAAAAUAUCUAUGGAUGAAUAUAUUGCCGAUUUAUUUCCUGGUGUUGAGCCAAAUGAAGAACCUGUUUUCAUUAUAAGUGAAAAAGAACAGUUUAAAACUUAUAGAGAUAAAGAUGGAGAUGGAUUUUUGGAUGUCUUUGAGGUUAAAGAUUGGAUAUUACCUGAAAAUUUUGAUCAUGCUGAAGCAGAAAGUAGACAUCUUAUUUAUGAAUCAGAUUCUGAUGCUGAUGGAAAACUAACAAAAGAAGAAAUACUUGCAAAGUAUGAUCUUUUUGUGGGGUCUCAAGUCACUGAUUUUGGUGAGGCUAUAAUGAAACAUGAUGAAUUAUAAACAAUAAUAAAUUUAAAAGAUAUUAUGAAUAUUACUAACAAUUUAAUAUUUGUGAAUAAUGAAUCACUUUACAUUUUAUAAUGGACCUAGUAAUUGUAUAACAUCAAUUUGUGUUUAUAUUUUAUAAGUGACUUAUUAUAUUUAAAAUAAAGAUCUGACUGAAUGAAUUUGCCAAAAAUGUU